CACCGUCACUCAUCAUCAUCAUCAUCAUGGCUAGCCUCCAUCUGCCACCUUUCCUUCAUAGCCAACCACCCCUCCACUGAGAACCAGUGACGCACAAAACCAGCGUGGUGCAGCUCAGGAGUCUGUAUCACCAUCGAAGAGCCCUAGCGGAAGACGUUGUCUUGUCGCUGCCGUCAGGACCACCACAACCUCGUGGUUCGUGUGCUGCAACUUUUAUGUCCUCAUUGUCGCCAGCUCAGUCAAACAAAAGUAGCCAGCGACUCGCCCAGGUUCGUGCGUCAUUGUCGUCUCUUCUUGCCCUUGCUAUUGCUGUUGUUUGCUCGUCGACGUCGCCAUCUCGCCUCCCGUGGCUGCUCCUCGAUGUGGUUAGCGAUUUUGAUUUUUGGUGGGCUUCCUCAUCGUCGGAGGUGAAGUCGACGCCAAGGAGGGGAGUGGUACCAACGAGAUGGGGUGGCACGAUGGAGAACUACUGGAAUUCGAAAAUGAGAAAGGUAAAAGUAGGGCUGACAAUAUAUACCCUACCCGCGCGUAUCCAAUCCGGACUAACUCGUUCGGGUAGGGUUGUCUACCCUACCCGCUUUGGGUAGAGCAGGAUAUGGUGUAAAUUUGCCUUAGGGUAGGGUAGGGUACGGGUUUAGGGAAUACCUUAUUCUAUCCCAUCCGAAUUCUUAAUAUAUUAUAUAAUAUAUAUGUAAAAGUUAUGUAUGCAGUGAAGAAAUUGAGUCUUGUACUCACAAUCUUAUAAAAACUUGAAAUAAUCACUAAAUUAGUUGAU